CAUAUAAAUUUGUAAACACUUGUUCUUCUUGUCAGCAUCAGCUCAUCUGUCUCAUGCAGUCUGUGAUGUUGGCUUAAAACCGAAAAUAAAAGCAGUCCGUUAUUGGUGCGAUGCCAGUGAGGUUAUUUUUUUUAACGUUACCGUUUGUGUUUUAAACCUUUCACUAACACUAUAACAUUGGGGGGGGGGUUUCCACCUUACUUUUCUGUGUGCAGUUCAGCAGCGCUCAGAACCACAGCCUCUGAAACGGAACUCAAGUUGAAUCAACAACCUCUUAAAACCAACGCUGAGCAGUGAAUCGUCAUAACUAAUAACUAAUUCUUUUAUAUGAUAUUUCCAUCUCCUGUCCUUUAAAUGUAUGUUUUUUUUUGUUUUUGUUUUUUUUAACGAGGAGCACUUUGUCAAGUCGAACAAGAAAAAAAAAAUAGCAACUUUGUUUAUUUUUCUAUUUUAUCCUGCAAUCGAUAAUAAAUCACCCUUAAGACAGUCGUGUAAGGUAAAUCAUUUCUCUUUUAAAUGGUUCCCUUUCCCCCUUUUUCUCUAUGUGCAAUUACAGCAGAGGAACAGAGAGGUGUGUGUGUGCAUGCGUGUUGUAAACUCCGAUUGGUGUUGAGAAACAGGACGUGAAACCUGAAGUCCACCUAAAGGUUGAACUCCCAUCAUACACUUCCACUUCUCCCUGUUAUUGCUGUCAUGAAUGACUUUAACUUACUCUACGUUAUACUCGGCAUUGUCUUCUGGUGCUGUUUCUUCACCUGCAGCUGUCUGUGCAGGAGCGCUGGCAAUCCAAACUCUGAGGUGGCUGCUGCUACCCACACCUUGGUCACUGCCACACCUCAGCAGUAUCCACAGCAGUACCCUCAGUACCCAGUACCCCCUCAGUCCUAUCAGAGAGUGCCCUACCAGCCAGUACCAGGGCACCCUGGUUACCCAGCUAUGCCUGGCAAUCAAGCUGUGCUCAUGACCAUACCACUCAGCCAUGAACAGCCAUUUACGCCACCACCAUCGUAUCAGGAUGCAAUUGGUCCCACCUAUCCUCUGCAACCAAUCAACCAAUCUUCCAGCCAGCCAGAGUGCCCUUCAAAGCCUCCAGCCCAGCCACAGUCCAAUGCUCUAACUGACAGCUCAGACUUCCUCGCCAGCUCGGCAAACAACCAGGAAUUUGUUCUGCCAUAUAGGCUGGAUACUUAGUGUAUCAAUCAGACAGAAAAAUUUGACCACCUGUUGUUAAUUCAUUAUUUAAUUCAAUUUGACAAACUAAGCCUUGCACACAGGGAAAGUUGUUGUUUGUUAUGUUUUUUUGUGUUCACAUGGACAGAAGACUUCCCUGCUAAGGCGUUUAUUUUUUUCCCCAUCUUAUAGCCUCAUUUCCAAAAUGGUUGGAAACGCUGUGCAAAAUGUAAACAAUUACUGAAUGCAGUGAUAUGCAAAUAACAUAAAGAUCACA